AUGCCCAUGAUUUUUAUGGCGAAGCUUACGCUUUUGCUGACCCUUGUUAAACUCUUUAACCCGUACAAAAGGGUCGUCCUUUUUAUAUACAUCUUCCUUGGUCUUCUAUCCGGUUACUACGCCGCAGGCCUCGUCGUGAAAGUUCGAACUUGUCUACCAAUUUCGGCAUACUGGCGACAGGACUUCUCCAAGUGUCUUAACCAACAGGCCAUUCUGAUCUCGGACUCUGUAGCGAGCGUCGUCAGUAACUUGAUUAUUUUCUUCAUGCCCCUGCCGUUGGUAUGGUCGCCUCGGAUGGAGGCCAAGCAGAAAUUCAGAAUAAUCGGUGUCCUGUGCCCCGGUGGCAUAGCUACGGGAUUUGGUAUUUAUCAAUUAGUCACAGCUGUGCAGAUGGGUAGCUCAUCCAACCAGACUAUUCUCUUCACCCGAAUUGGACUUGCUAGAAACGCCGAGGUCGGUAUCGGUUUUAUCUGUGCGUGUUUGCCAGCGCUUAACGCCCUGAUCGAGCGACGCCGCAGCGACUAUUCGAGGAGGCAAUACGAGCAUGGGGAGCACAAACUGAGCUCUGUUGGAGACAGUACAGCGGUGAACAGCGGGUCAACAACUCCGAAGCACAAGGAUGACAACGGAUUUGACCAGCACCAUCUGAUGUCGCAAGUCCAAUGUCCGUAUGCUUGUUUCCAGACCGCUGUCAUUCAGGGAGAUUACUUUUCGUCUGAAGGUUCGAAGCAGUCUUUUGAAGGAAACGGGAUCGUGAGAACUAUCACUGUCUCACAUGAUUACAUAUGA